AUAUAAAUAUUACAAUUGUAAAAGAUUACUCAAAAAUAAUAUGUACUCUCCAACUACAGCCACUUAAAUUUAUUCACCAGAUGGUGUGACAACUAACGGUCAAAUUUCCUAGUAAAGUUUAGCUACCUUCACCGGAAUGUGUGUACACAUAACCUAUAAUUGUCGAGUACCAACAAAUCGGUGUAUUUACAACGAAUUGUAACGCUCAAUGUAAUAAAAAGAACAUAUACUGAGACUCUGUUGUAGUAACAUUAACAUAAAUAAUGCCAAAGUAUUAUUGUGACUACUGUGACACAUAUUUAACGCAUGACUCGCCGAGUGUACGAAAAACUCACUGCCAAGGCCGUAAACACAAGGACAAUGUGAAAUAUUUUUAUCAAAAGUGGAUGGAGGAGCAGGCCCAACAUUUGAUUGAUGCAACAACGGCAGCAUUCAAAGCAGGGAAGAUUGCGUCUAAUCCAUUUGCUGCAAAUAAAGGAGCAGCGAUUCCACCACCUCCAAAUCUUGGUCCUCGACCUGGAGUACCACCUCAAGGUCCACCAGGUAUGAUGCCACCACCAGGAAUGCAUCCUGGUGGGCCAAUGGGACCAGGAGGGCCUAUGAUGAUGGGACCGCAUGGACCAAUGCCACCAAUGAUGGGUAUGAGGCCACCUAUGAUGGGUCCUAUGGGACCAAUGGGGCCAAUGAUGGGUCCGAUGGGACCUAUGGGCCCAAUGAGACCUCCAAUGAAUGGACCACCACCACCUAUGGGAGGACCUCCACCGAUGAAAAAAUAAUAUUGGAUAAUUGUACAUUGUUCUGAUUAUUCCAAUUACAUUAAUACCUGUUUUGAUAAUAAGUAUUUAAUUAGGUACACAUAUUUGAAUGAAAGACUACUGAUAUGUAUAUAUGAAUAUAAACAGAAGUUUUUGCGUGUGGUUCUUAUAAUAUUAAUUUUAAGUUAGAGAAAGACUAAGAAUCCAAAAUUUACCGAUUUUGUUUUUACAAAGAAUCUAGUAAUUCAUCAAUUAAAGUACCAUUGUAAGAUAAAUGAUUAUAUUUUGAACAAU